UCCACCCUCCCCUGCGCGGUCUGAAGAAUUCAUCGUCCUCAUACGGUAUAGUUCAGUAAAUCAGUGACCCCUAAAAUCGCGAACCGUCGUCGUUUUAGGAGCCUGAGGAGGGUGCCAAGAUUGAACACUGUAAUGAGCUGGGAAUAGCCCCCUCUUCUACUUGGAAUAUGGAAACCACAAACAGCCACAAUGGUGGCAUUAUGUGGUUCUUCAAAGACAAAGGUUUUGAUGACAAAAGUAUUCACGAAAUGCUCAAGAAGUGCAAACGCCUUGAAGGUGUACCAAGGGAAAAAGCCUCAGAAAAUUGGGCUUACUUGAGAACUAUAGGUAUCCAAGAAAGAAAAAUUCCUUCUGUGGUAGGGAAGUGUCCUAAAAUUCUUACUCUUGGCUUGCAUGAGAAACUGGUCCCUACAGUCGAGUGCCUUGCAACACUGGGGACAAAACCCAAGGAAGUUGCUUCUGCCAUAACGAAAUUUCCUAAUAUACUCUCACACAGUGUAGAAGAGAAGCUUUGUCCACUACUGGCUUUCUUUGAAGCUAUUGGUGUCCCAGAAAAGCAACUUGGUAAGAUGAUACUCUUAAAUCCAAGAAUUAUCAGCUACAGCAUUGAAAAAAAGCUUUCAGAGAUAGUGCAGUUCCUUGCUAGUCUGGGCUUGUCUAGAGAUGGGAUGAUUAGCAAAGUAUUGGUAAGGCACCCAUUCAUAAUGGGUUAUAGUGUUGAUAAACGACUUCGUCCAACUACAGAGUUUUUAAGAUCACUAGGUCUCAAUGAAACAGACCUUCAAAGAGUAGUUAUUAAUUUUCCAGAAGUUUUGUCUAGGGAUGUUAACAAAAUUCUGAGACCUAAUCUUGCUUACCUAAAAUCAUCUGGGUUUGAUUACGGGCAAAUAGCAGCUUUGGUGGCAGGUUAUCCCCCUGUUCUGAUAAAGAGUAUCACCAAUUCUCUAGGACCAAGAAUCAAUUUCUUGGUGAAUGUGAUGGGCAGACGAAUUGAUGAAAUUGCUGAUUAUCCAGAUUUUUUUAGGCAUGGUCUGAAGAAAAGAUUAGAGUUGAGGCAUAAACUUUUGCAGGAAAGGAAUAUACAUUGUAGUCUGAGUGAAAUGCUGGACUGUAAUCAGAAGAAAUUUCUUUCCAAGUUUUGUUUAGUAGAGCAACUUGCUUAAGUUAUUAAUCAGAGUCCUCUUUUGCCACCAUCUUGUCUACUACUUAGCAGCUUAUAUUGGUUUUUGUACCUUGAGUUUUGUCUCUUUGCAUUUGACUUGUAUUUGGCUGGACAGAGUACUAUUGAUAAGCGACGCAUUAAUUCCAAACCAUCUUAUCGUGUACAAGUUAAUAUUAAA